CUCUGGGAGGAGCUGGGAACGUCACAUUCCUGCAUUCUCUUUCGCCUGUGUCAGAAGAGCCCGGUUUUCCCCCUCUGGAACUGGGGGGAGCCCGGAAAAUAGAGGAAGGGAGGCAAAAACCCACCCCAGCCCACUCCUUUCCUUCUGCUGCCUGCCCGUCGGGACUCAUGCGCCUCCGGUCGGGGAUCUGACCCUUGGCUCCCUCUCCCCUCCUUCCUUCUUUCCUUUCUUCCUUCCUCCCUUCCCUUCCUUCCCUCCCUCCUUCCUUCCUCCAGCCACCCUCUUCCUCUUCUCCAGCCAAGCCCGGGCUCUCCAAUAAGGUAGACCCCUUCCGUUCCUGGUCCUUUAUCCAAAGGGAUGGAAAAUUCUUCUGUGGCGUCUGCCUCAUCCGAGGCAGGGAGUAACCGUUCGCAGGAGAUCGAGGAGCUGGAGCGCUUCAUCGACAGCUACGUUUUGGAGUAUCAAGUCCAAGGCUUGCUAACCGACAAGACGGAAGGAGACGGGGAGAGCGAGAAAACGCAGUCAAACGUCUCCCAGUGGACAGCUGACUGUAAUGAGCAGAUAGAGGGCACUGGUUCCUCCUCCAGAGGCAGGGGCAUAGCACCUCAGCAUCACAACCAGGAAGAUUGGGACCACAGCAGCAGUGGCAGUUCAGGAUCCCGACCUAGUUCGGGCUCCAGGCAUGGGUCUGUGCCAAGGUCUGGCGACCGAGGGAGAAGCAGCCAGUUCAGGCAUUCGACCAAGAAUGGCAACAAAGACAAUUCUCUAGACAUGCUGGGCACUGAUAUCUGGGCAGCCAAUACUCUUGACUCCUUCAGUGGUGCCACCUGGGACUUGCAACCUGAAAAACUUGACUUUACGCAGUUUCACAGAAAGCUCCGGAACACCCCCAAGCAUCCCCUCCCACACAUAGACAGAGAAGGGAUUGGAAAAGGAAAAUGCGAGGAUGGAGACGGAAUCAACCUGAACGACAUUGGAAAGGUCCUUCCAGCCUGGCAGGGCUAUCAGCCGUUGCCACAUGAAGCUGAAAUUGCACACACCAAAAAGUUAUUCAGGAGAAGAAGGAAUGACCGGAGGAGACAAAGGGCUCCUGGAGGAAACAAGGCACAGCAGCACCCGGAGCAUCAGCAAGGCACUGCCAAACACAACAAGGAACACCAGAAACCCUCCCAGGGAGGCCAAGCACCCCACUCCUCAGGGCGACCCAGCCACCACGGCUACAGCCAAAACCGGCGGUGGCACCAUAACCAGAAACACUCGCCCAAUGACAAAGAGGUGCACCGAAAUGCCAAAGAGACUGAGAACCUGAAAAUCGAGGACGCCUCUGUCUGUACCGUGCACAUCCCUCUGGAGAUGCACCGAAACAGCGAUGCCUCAGACAGACAGUCCCCACAGUACAUUCAGGAUCCAGAACACAAGCGGAAAGACAGCCUCCACGAACGGAUAAGCGAGAGGCCCAAAAUUAACUUGCUACAGUCUUCCAAAGACAGACUGCGUAGGAGACUAAAAGAGAAGAUGCCUUGUCUUUCCCUUUUCACGGAUCAGGACGAAGUGGCCGUGGAGUCCACCAACCCAGAAAAGAACAAAAUGGACAAACUAAUUGAAAUUCUUAACAGCAUGCGGAACAACAGCAGCGGGGUGGACUCCAAGCUCACCAACUUCAUGGAGGAGGCCCAGAACUCCACCAACUCCGAGGAAAUGCUCGGGGAGAUUGUCAAAACCAUUUACCAGAAGGCCGUGACGGACCGCAGUUUUGCCUUCACGGCCGCCAAGCUCUGUGACAAGAUGGCACUCUUCAUGGUGGAAGGCACCAAGUUCCGAAGCCUCCUUCUCAACAUGCUACAGAAAGACUUCACAAUGCGGGAAGAGCUGCAGCAGAGCGACGUGGAGCGCUGGCUCGGCUUCAUCACCUUCCUCUGUGAAGUAUUUGGCACCAUGAGAAGUAGCACCGGAGAGCCCUUCCGAGUCCUCGUCUGUCCCAUUUAUACCUGCCUCAGGGAGUUGUUGCAAUCUCAGGACAUAAAGGAAGAUGCUGUCCUUUGCUGUUCCAUGGAGCUGCAGAGCACCGGCCGGCUCCUGGAGGAGCAGCUGCCCGAGUUGAUGACGGAGUUGCUGGCGAUCGCGCGUGACAAGAUGCUGUGCCCCUCGGAGUCCAUGCUGACCCGGUCUCUCCUCCUGGAGGUCAUUGAGCUGCACGCCAACAAUUGGAACCCCCUGACGCCCACCAUCACGCAGUACUACAACAAGACAAUCCAGAAACUGACAGCCUGAAAGGAAAACGGGAAGAAGGGAUGGUAGAGAGCCGGGAUGAAGACACGCACUUUAAAAAACACAGAGAGAAAGAGAGAGAAAAAGAGAGGGAGAGGGAGAAAGGAUUUCGGAAGGAACUGAGCUACAUAGUGACCAGGGAAGGGUUUGGGAGACCUUUUGUGGUCAGAUACCUAAGAAGACAAACCCCAGCAUGCUUAAGAAUAUGUUCAUGGGGGCGAAGCAUGUUUCUUUUCAGCCGUGUCCUCAAGUGCCGUCGCCACCCCUCUCCCCCUACUGUGUUUUGUUUUAGGUCCCCCUUUUUUAUCAUUAUUAUUAAACCCAUUGCUCAUUCAGCUCCACAUCCCGCCAGGUCAUUGUUUUGGCUCAGAAAGAACACGGCGGACCUGAAUGAGGAGUCGGAGGGCCUGGCGGGCGGAUGGCUUUCACGGCAUUCUCCGGGCUCACCCGGGCCAACUGGCAGGAGGCAGCGCACGGCAGAUGUCUUUGGGGGGGACAAAGGCAGACACGUUCCACACCAGACGCUGGUAAUUGACAGCUUUUGUCAAGCAGAGAGACCCCUUCUCUCUCCCCACACCUCCAUUUUCUUCCAUCCCUCUUGUCUUCAGCGUAUUGUCUCCUUUGCUGACCUCCCUCUUUGUUGCUUCUUAUCCUGAAACCUCAUUCCAGAUUAGACAUUCAGAGGGAAUAUAUUUUUCUCUUCUUUUUAAAUAGAAAAGUUGCACUGGGUAUUGGCUUUUUUCUUUGUUGGUUUAUUACACACACACAUAUUUAUAUGCACAUGGAUGGUUUAAUUGCUAUGGAGUUUUUAACACCGAACAUAAUGUUUUGAUGUGAGGCUGCAGGUUUGCACGAAGAUUUUUUUUUCUGUAGGGAAGCAAAACCCCAAAGCCAGUUUGGAAGUGUUAAAGCCACAAAACAUCUUGCCAAUUGCUUAUCAUUAGCAACCUGAUACUAUGCUGAGUUUGGUGGGACUCCCUCCUUUUUUCCAGAUGUUGGGAAUUAGUUAGGCUGGUUUCAUGCAGCCAACACAUCACAUAUGAGCAUCAUGCAAAAGUGAUGCAUAUAAAGCAUCAUAGAUGCAUUGCACAAGUCCGCAUGAUGCCCAUGCCACCAAUGCACAACACACUCUGUUUCUGAAAGUGGUUGCAAAGUGUGAGUGUGCUUGAUUUGUGUGUAGGAAGGUGACUGAUAUGGUUUUAGUAUGCUGAUUACUUUCAGGACCAAUCAGGCUGGUUUUGUUGAAAGUUUUAAAACCUUUUGGGGUAACACUUUUGCCAAUUAGGAAUGGCUUUAAAUUACUCCUGUAGUUGUAAUUAUACAGCUAGGUUGGACCCACUACAUUUGAGCUGAAAAAUAAUAGGUUGAAGUGGGAAACGGAAGUGAAGACUUGAAGAUGUUCUUUAGAUGCUAGUGAAUAGAAAGUGAUAAGCAUGUGUGUGGAAUUUAUAGUUUUGAGUCAAGGAUAGGAGAAAGACAGACAGACAGAGAAGAGAACAAGUGGGAGGAACAGGCUCCUGAUUAGAAACAUGAUAUCAUCAUCAUCAUCAUCAUCAUCAUCGCCAUCAUCCAUGAAUUGCAUUAACUGUGAUGUGUUAUAGAGGCUUUGGCUUUAAGCUGAAAUAUGCCACUAGUCUUUUCCAUAGUCAAGAUAUAGUUUGCAUAUCUAAAAGGCCACCUUAAAGGAUACUUCAUAUUAAGUUUUAAGAUGUUAGAGGUGAUAGCACACACAGAACAACUGCUAGUAAUCUUGAUGACACAACACAGUCUUGAAGUUCAGAAUAAAAUCCAGUCCAUAUUGGCCUCCAUCCUGCAAUGAAGCCACCAGCUACAGCUGCUGAUGGGAGUUAUAGUCCAAAAGCACUUUGGGGCCACAUCCACCUCAGAUUUUAGAGAAUGCUAAUCUCCUUCUUAAAGUUUUUAACCUUAUGGCCACAUCUUCCAGCAAUGAAUCCCAUAUAUUCCUCUUGCCUGCUGUAAAGCUACCACUAGGUUUUAUUGUGAGGGCACAGAGUUUUAGAGCUUAUUUUGACCUUGAUGCUCCUUGAAGCACAUUGGCUGGCAUUCUGCAUUGCAGUUACAGAUUUAUAACUGAGUUACGGGUCUGUAACUGCUCCGUGUUCAGCUAUGCUACACAUUUAUAAUUGCAACACUGUUGCCAUGAUUAUAAACAUCUCUGAAACCCAACCUGAACUCCAGGGAAUCACUCUGAAUGAGGAAGAUCUGUGGUGUGGAUAUAUAAGGCAUUUCAGCAUGACACAGCUCUAAGUCGGGAACAACUUGAAGGCAAACAAUAACAACAUAAUAGAAUCAUAGAGUUGGAAGAGAUUACAAGGGCCAUCUGGUCCAACCCCAUUCCAUGCAGGAAUACACAGUUAAAGGAGAGAGAUGGCCAUCCAACCUCUGCUUUAACAAAGAUUCCCCCAAAAAGGGGAGUCCACCAUCCUUCAAGGCAUUCUUGAAGAGCUCUUAUAGAUCUUGCCUAGAGGGAAUCUCUUUUCUUGUCAUUUCAUGGAAUCAUAGAGUUAUAGAGACCCCAAGAGCCAUCCAAUCCAACCUGCUGCCAUGCAUGAAUACACAAGGAAAGCACUCCUGACAAAUGGCCACCCAGGCUUCGUUUACAAAUCUGCAGAGACGGAGACUCCACCAGACUCCGAGACAGACAAUUCCACCAUUGAACAGCUCUUACCAUCAGAAAGCUCUUCCUAACGUUCAGGUGGAAUCUAUUUUCCUACAAUUUGAAGCCAUUGCUCCAUGGCUAUCAUGUCACCUUUCAGUCUUUUCUUCUCUACCCUAAACAUUCCCAGCUUCCUUGUAUUUGUUAGGAUUGCUCUAGAGUUUUAGACAAACUUCAGAACAACCCACAACUUUUCUUAAUGUGGAAUUAACCAGGUUUUCCCCACUAUAGUUGCCAGAAGUGCAGGACUACCAGACAAACUCAUGUUGAGCAUGGGUUAUAAUCUCUGUACAGAUGAGCCCAGAGUUGAAAUCACUUGCAGGAAAAAAAAGCCCACAUUCUCAGACCAUUACAAUUGUUCAUCCUAGCAAUAUGUAAAGAUAAAACAGAAGUGAGUGAAUGCAUACACAAAGUGGCUUGCGAUGAGUAUGUACAGACCCACUACUCCAUGCUUUCAGUUUGAUCUGUGCAAAAUAUUAAGUGUGGGAGGAAGAAAAAGAAAGAGACCUGCUGUAGCACAACCCAUUAUACUAUUGCCUUUUGAAAGGCCUAAAUUUUCACAUAAUCACUUGCAAUUUUCUUGGGAGCACAAAGAGGCAACGCCAAUCCAUGUGACGGUAAUUCUGUCAAAGUGCUUUGCUGCCGCCAGCCUUGAAAGUGUUGGUCAAAGAUGGCCUUUAAUAGAGAUGGCUUUUGAGGAGCAGCCACCAUCCGGAAUACACAGACUUAAUGGAUUUGCUCUCAUUACUUAGUUCUUGAGUGCCUUCUUUGGAUAACGUCUGUGAUCAUCUAGAGAUAGUGCCCUGGCUGCCCUUUCAUGACUGCAAUCUAUGUGUAGCAUCCUUUAAUUUCAUGCAUCUCUACCACCGGCUUGUUUAUAUUAUGUAGUACCCUGAUUCAUCUGUGGAAAUCUCGAUGUUGGUGAAAUUAUAAACUGCCUCUCCUUUGCUCUUUGACUUUCAGCAAAACAUAUUUCCAAGCAGAGCUUGGAAUUGCUGCUUAAGAUGUCUGAUGCAUUAGCCAUUGGUUUCAUUGUGAAAUGUGUUAAUGUUAGUGCUGCAGUUUGGGGAAACAUAUCAGUAAAGAAUAUCUACUGAAAUAAUGAAUGGUUCUCUGCUCACGAAAUGAGCUUUAAAAUUAGUAUUUGGGAAUUAGCAAAUAAAUGCAACAAAUAAUAUUUGGGAAGUAGCAGAUAAAUGUAACAUACCCAAUAUUGAUACAGAUAUAUUCCAUUAGUAUUACAGUUGGCCCUCCAUAUUUGGAGUAGUUAGAGGCACAGGAAGCCCCAAAAUUGGAAAAAUCAGAAAUACAGUAGAGUCUCACUUAUCCAACAUAAAUGGGCCUGCAGAAUGUUGGAUAAGUGGAAAUGUUGGAUAAUAAGGAGGAAUUAAGGAAAAGCCUAUUAAAUGUCAAAUUAUGUUAUGAUUUUACAAAUUAAGCACCAAAACAUCAUGUUUUACAACAAAUUUACCAAAAAAGCAGUCUAAAACACGGUAACGCUAUGUAGUAAUAACUGUAUUUACGAAUUUAGCACCAAAACAUCACAAUGUAUUGAAAACAUUGACUAAAAAAACAUUGGCUACUAACAAAUUGAUUACAAAUAAAGAUAGAAUUGCAUAACUUACAGUAACAACAUUGUCUGAAAUUAAAUCCAUAAAAAGUUCAAUCCUUGCUGCCUAGAGAAAAGCUGUGGAUCGGGGCGGGAGGCAAACUGUGUUGGAUAAUCCAGAACAUUGGAUAAGCAAAUGUUGGAUAAGUGAGACUCUACUGUACAUGACAGCACGAGGCAAAAGGCCCAGUGUGCAGUGGCCACAAAGAAUGUAAACCUGAAUGUAAAACCAACGAAUGUGAAGGAUGGGUUGCAUUGUUAGAAACAAGGUAAUUGGGUUGCCCCAAAAAAGUAAUGAGUUGAAAGCAAAAUUGUUACUAGUAAUUCUUUGUUUCUGAGCUCAUCUUAUGAAAAUACUUCUUUUAAAUCGCCAUGAUUGAUAUUAAUGUGACAACUGCUCACCCCAAAUGGGAAUAUGUCUGUCCAACUCAUAGUCAUGGAAGCUAAAUGGAUCCUGUAUUACAACAAUAGACGUCCAUAUGACAUGCCAGGUGCUAGGUGGUUUUCCAGAUGUUGUUUAACUGCAGUCUCUAUUAGCCCUAACUAGAAUAACCGCUGAUAAAGAAUGUUGGAAAUAGCAGUCCACGCAGAUCUAGAGGGCUUCAGUUUUGCUACCCGCUUUGUAGACAGACCAAGGAAAGUAUGGAUAUUGUUGGAGAACUGCUGUACUAGAUUGAUCCAACCAAGUGGAUUCUUACAUAUCAGAGAUGUGUGCAUGAAGUUCAUUAUGGACCAAAUUAGCCACACACAUUGCUCAUGUGCAGGUUUGCAUCAUCUGCAAAUGAUAUUCACCACUGAUAUGUGUAGUCCCAUUUCCAUUCCUCGUCCCAUUUUCUACCCCCUUAGAAACCUUCCCAGAGGAUUUGGGGAGCGUGGACAAUGGGAGAUGGCACACAGUAGAAAGUUUAAAGGAGAGGAGGGCUCAUCCAGAACUGGUGGGGUCUACUGGGUUUUUGAUUAUUCAUCCAGCAUCCUAUGACACAUUCCAGAUGGUUCAAGAAGGACCUCUGGCUUUUAAGAGAAGAUUCCUUAAAUUGACUCAGAUUCAUAUCCAUGCCAGUGUCAUUUCUCACAUCAUUGCAAUAAACAUUAAGAAGCACUCCCUGACAGAACUGUUCAACAGUGGAAUAGUCUGCCUUUGAGUCCAGUGGAGUCUCCGUCUCUGCAGGUUUUUAAAGGAAGCCUGGAUGGCCAUUUUUCGGGAGUGCUUUCUGUGUGUAUUCCUGCAUGGCAGCAGACUGGACUGGAUGGCCCUUGGGGUCCCUUGGGGUCCCUUCCAACUCUGUGAUUCUAUAAUUUUCGAUCAUAAUAUCCAUUAAGAACUACAUGGCCCUUGGAUGGCCCUUGGGGUCCCUUCCAACUCUAUGAUUCUAUAAUUCUCAAUCAUAAUAUCCAUUAAGAACUACAGAACAAUAGAAUUCCCAGUCUGGCAAGCAGGGUAUCCCAAAGUAUGUUUCGCAUCAGUGAAGAAUUUGCUUUUCUCACUAAAAUUCCUGAAGGAGUCUUUGCAAUCGUCUGAUAUUUUUUAAAGAAGGCCAGUGUUUUCAAUACAAGCGGUGUGUGCAUGUUUUUAAAUCAAAAGUGGCCACCAAACUAUUUUUCCACCCCUAGGAAACCAUCUAAUCUCCAGUUUGGCCCUAGAAAUAUCUCAGAAAUGGGAGCCAAAGAGAAGGACAAGGGAUACACCUUGAAAUGCAUUUGAAGUUGCAGUUGAAAUUGGAAUUCAUUCCCAAAGCUGUGAUUUCAGCUCUGAAUCAGUUUUAAGGAUUUUAACUUUCAAUUCUUAAUAACAUUAAUAUUUAAUUCUAUUUUAAUGUUUGUGUAUUUUUUAGUUUUAAUUUUUAUUGAAUUGGUUAUAUUGUAAGCCACUUUGAGUCUCGUUUGUAGAGAGAAAAUGUGAGAAUAAGUAAACAUAAUAAUAAUAAUAAUAAUAAUAAUAAUAAUAAUAAUAAUAAUAAUAAUAAUGCACAAAAGGUAAGGGGGGAGAAAUAGAGACAGCACACAUGCUUCUGGAAUUAUAUUCUAAAAAGUAACUUUCCCAAAUGUCCUGGGUCCAGUUCUGGUUAGUUUUAGGGAGAGGGAUAAUUUUGUUGUUGUUGUUAACUGCUAUCAAGUUGUCUUACACUUAUAGCGACCCCAUGAAUUGGAGUUCUCCAAAGACAAUUUUUCACUAACAGCCUGACAAAGUCAGUUUUUACAAGGUCAUAUUGGACAAUUUGUAAAUUACAAUGAAGAGUCUGUUGCUUCAAUAUUGUUUGCAUAGGCAACUAGAUAGAUUUUAAUUUUGCACUUGUUUACAUUGCCUUAUUGGGUGAGUGUGCUGAAGCCCUAAUAAUUGCGUGUUUCUAAUAAGUGUGCCUCCUAUAAAAGGCUUCUGUACUAAUUCUUUGAAACAGAAAGUUGUGAGUUCCUCCAUUAGGUUUUGAUAUAUUUAUAACUUUUUUUCAUGUCAGGAGCAACCGGAGUUGCUUCUGGAGUGAGAGAAUUGGCCGUCUGCGAGGAUUUAUAACUACUUAGUGAUUAAAUGCCCAUGGUUGUGGGGUGUGUGAAGGAAGAGGUCUUGUGUUGCAGUGACCGAAAGCAUAUAGAGACAUUGUGCACUUCCCCAGGGAUUUCAUGUACGGGGAGACUAAGAACAUUUCCAUAUUCCCCUGUUAUGGAACCUUGAUCCCAUUUGAACUGUCAUGAUAGCAUGGAAUUGGGGGGAUUGUAGUUUGUUGAGGCAUGGUUCCACUUAAACAGUGAUUGCAGCAUCCAAAAGAAUCCUGGAGUUUGUAGUCUGAUAAGGUCCUAUUGUUCUUUACCAAGAAUGAAUGAACAUUUAAGCCCUUGUAUCUGUGGGGAAUACGUUUCAGGGUUUCACUUAGAUACGUGAAACCAUACAGGUCAUAUCAAACCCUAGUGAAUGAAUGUAUUCUGAUGGAAGCAUACCAUAAUGUCACACUGAAGGAUCUAAAAGAGGGAUCAUACUUUAUCAGACGUGUGUAAAUCAAACUACAAGGACAGAUUUUGCAUAUCUUGGGGAUCAUAUAAUACUGCUUUAGAUGACUUCUGGGGAUGGAGGGCAAUGGGAAAGUAGCUGGUUCUCCUUUUUGUAAACAUUUUAGUGCUAUCCUGUUAUUUAAAAAUAGCUCUUAAAUUGACUCAACAAACACCCUUCCUUGUGGUGUAUUCUUAAUGUAUUUUUUUUUUAUUCUGAAUGCUAAUCUGGAAUGGAGGCCACCCUUUGUUCUCUUCUCGCAGUUCUCUGUAGUGUAUCAAAAGAUGCUAUGUUCUACCUUCCCAAUUGCUCUUUCGCUGAAUCUUACAGUGUCUUUAGCCAUCCUCUUGUUCAACGAAUGGAAAUGGAGUUUAUAUAUGAGCAGACAAAGGGGUUGACUGCAUACUCUUCUGAAAGAUGUUAUAGAGACACAAUCCAGGCUUAUAAAAAAGUACUGGGUUAAUUAACUUGGUCUGUAUUAUGUUUUUUAGAACCUGUGUUCAAGUCUUUUAAUAUUUCCUGACAAAGGGGGAAUAGUGAUCUCCCCCUUUUAAAAAAUACUAUGCGAUAGGAUCAGCCACACAGAAACAUAUAUGCCGCAGUUAGGCCAAUUUUGUAUUUUUUGGAGUACACACAGUCCAUGCACGGGCUGUAGCAAUUUAACCCCCUUUUAGACUGCGCUGUAGUGGAGCCAGGGCUCAAAGGGUCACAAUUCUGGGACAUGACAUCAUUUGCCUGUCUCUCCACCUACCUCUCCGUUCCUGUCCCUUCUGAAUUUUGCUGCCUUCCUCACUUUUCCUCAUUUUUUCCCAACACAUUAUAUUGUUGUGAGCCAUCCCUUCUGUGAUACAUAGUCUUCAGGGAGGCUUGGUCAUGAAUGAGCAAUCAGGACCCAUUGGAGAUGGAAGAUUGCUGGAACUGAUUGAUCAGUUCAGGUCAACAGAACCAUGAGGGACUCCCUUAAGGGUCAUAGUUUUGGGGACUUCCAUGAUAAGCAGCUACAGUUGACCAUGGUUUAUUGGUGGAGAAGUUAUGUCCAGCUUCCCCAGUCAAGUGCUCUGCAUUCUGGUGGAAGUUGUAGGCUAAGUCAUCUGCAAAGCAUCCAGGACGGAGAAGUCUGAACUAUGGCGGAGUCCAGCCAUUAAAACUCCCCAUAUGCUUGGUUGUUAUGAGAGCAUCACUUGAGAUUGAGGAACUUCCUGAACAUUGAUCCAUAUUGGUGUGUCCCUUUUCUGGAAGGAGAUAGCAAUGCCAUAGCAUCUCUGGAUGAAUCACAAAUAAGAGACUUCUCUAAUGCUGAUCCUGUCUACUCAACAUAUGUCCCUUAGAUAUAAUGGGACUUAUUCCAGGGGCCUUUUCUCACUCCCAUUAUAGCACUAUGGUUCCACUUUAACUACCAUGGUGCCAUCCUAUGGGAUUCACUUUUAAAGGCAGACAUUAGGAUUUCCCAACCAGAGAUCUGUAGCUCUUCACCAAACUGCAAGCACCAGGAUUCUAGUGCAUAUUCCUCUAGCAUAGUGAUCCUCAACCUGAGGUCCCCAGAUGUUUUUUGGCCUACAACUCUGAGAAAUCCCAGCCAAUUUACCAGCUGUUAGGAUUUCUGGGAGUUGAAGGCCAAAAACAUCUGGGGACCCAGGUUGAGAACCCUUGCCCUGGUAGUUGAAGUGGAAUCACGGUGCUACAAUUAUAUGCAGUAGGCUCUCCACAUUGGUUGGGUUCAAAGGAACUAGUGGGAAAUCCACAAAUUUCAGGUCCUCCAGCACAACUCUGUGGUCAACAUCUGGCUGAAGUUGGCAAUAGAACUGAACUGGAGCACUUAGAGAUUCCUCAAGAGACCAUAUUAAUCAAAUCCGCAAAUGCGGAGGGCCAACUGUAGAGUGAAAGGUCCCCAGGUGAGUGAGUAUAAGAAGCUCUUCUUUUUGUGAUUAUUUUCUCACUAUUGAAAUGUUUAGCAGAUGUUUUCAGCACAUCUCAAUUAACUCCCAUGCACUAGGAUAGGAUAUUUUUAUCCCCGUGUCUUGUUGCAGAAACCACACACAACCUGACUGACGAUGUAGGCAUUGUUAUGUCUUCAAUACAAUAUCACAGUUUCCCCAAAUUCCAUUAGUUUUCCUACAAACAAAACCAUCCAGGAUGAAAAAUAUGCAGUUCCAUUUUUUGGCACGAAACAAAGGUGCUUUGGUGGUCAGUAAUUUGUCCCAAUAUGGGAGCAAUUGAACUCACUCCUUCCCGUGGAAUAGAAAAUAGGAAUUCUUGAGCUCCAGAAAUACUCCACAAUUGUUUGUUUGGAGCUCCCCCAAAUAAAACUAUAGCACUUUGGUCCCAUUUCAGCUUCCAUGGUUUCAUCCUAUGGAAUUCUGGGAUUUGGAGUUUCAUGAAGGGUUUAAAAUUCACUUCCUGAUAACUUUGAACCCUCUUAGGCCAGAUGUGCACUUUGUGACUGCAUAAUAUGGUCAGUGUAGGCCAGGCAUGGGCAAACUUUGGCCCUCCAGGUGUUUUGGACUUCAACUCUCACAAUUCCUAACAGCCUGCCGGCUGUUAGGAAUUGUGGGAGUUGAAGUCCAAAACACCUGGAGGGCCAAAAGUUUGCCUAAGCCUGGUAUAGACCCAUAUAAUGCAGUUUAACUACAUUAUAUGGGUUUACACUGACUAUAUAAUGCAGUGUAGAUCCAGCCUAACUUCAGUGAAGUCCCCUAGCAAGUCAAAUCUCUUCCCAAGCUCCAGUUCUAAGGGCCCAUAGGAUGCAUUUGCGGUGUUUAAGAAUGGCAUCAAACUGGUUUCAGUGCAGAUCUUUAUUUCACUUUUCCCCAUUACACUGGCGUUUUCUAGCUUCACGUGUUUGGGUGAAACAUAACCUCUUAGGAUGUUGAGAAUUACACCGACAUAUUGGGAUUUUCCUGGAAGGAGUCCAAAAACAUAUUACAAUUCAUACAAUGUAAGGUGUGUGCAUUUUUUUUAAUCCCAGUGCAUGAGAGUUAAAUCCCAGUAGAGGCAACAAGAGCCAGGUUGAUCUCCAUGUUUUCCCAGGAAAGAAGGAAGGAAGGAAGGAAAGGGAAGGAAGGAAGGAAGGAAGGAAGGAAGGAAGGAAGGAAGGAAGGAAGGAAGGAAGGAAGGAAGGAAGGAAGGAAGGAAGGACGGACGGAAGGAAGUUUGGUUCUAUGCUCAUCUUGGCCACCUCAAAUUUACCUACUUUCAUCAUAAUCCUUUAAAACUGGGCGUACCUCCAAAAUGAGUAUGCCUGAAAAUGCAGCCUUGGUUCUUAUCCCCCCUGUGGAUGUGUGUCUGUUUUUAUUGGUAGUGUUAUUAUCACUAUUAUUUAAUGCUAACCAUUUUCCUUCAAUUGCCUAAUCAUUUAACGCAUCAUCUACUGGGAUAUAUCUAAGGAUCUUCAGAUCAAGUUAACGUUGGAAGCUAUCGAAAAUCCUGUGUCAAAACCCCAGAAUGAAGCAGUGGUUUCUUUUUAGAAGAUAGACUUGUGCUCUAAUUAUGAUUUUUUUUAAUUGCAAAGAAAUGUAUUUAUUUUAUUUGAAAACCGCCAUUUAAUUUAAUCAUUUAUCAUAUUUGUCAUCAUCGUCGUCGUUGUUGUUUUUUAAGUGCUUUUGUUUAAAAAAAGAUUUAAAAGGGAAAAAAGAGACCUGGACUUGGGGAGACUUCUUAGAUGAUUGUAAAUGGGGAGGGCGGGCGAUGAAUGGGGAAAGGCUCCCAUCAUUUUCAGCAUUUAACAGACUGUUAAGGGAAGGGAGAGGACGAUUCUUCAUGGCAAUCUAGUUUUGUUUAUGGAACAUCCCGAACCGCUGUAUGCUAUAAAAUACAUCAUCUGAGUAAUAAAAGUUUCAAGCUCUC